UUCCUAAUCUAGUCGUCUACUAAACCUAGCAUUGCGUGUGUGUGUGUGUGUGUGUGUAAUUAUUAUUUACUUCAGCGGUUUUUGUAGUAAACUACAUUACCCAUGAACCCUUGCUGCCGGCUCUAAAUCUUACAGGAAAUCGCAUGGAUUUAUCAACAUCUCUGCUGCUCCUAAACGUCACAUGUAUGUUCACCUUUAGCAUAUGAACGCAUUAACUCUGAUUACCUCGUUGAUAUUGAAACUAAGACUCUGGACUGUGAGUUUUAUUCUCAGAUGAGACAGAUGGCGUGAAACAGAUGGGCGGAAAAUAGGACACGCAAAUACAACGAGACGAACGCGCUUGUGCGUAUAGAGAGACGCGUAAAGAGCGGGGAAUGAUGGUGGAUAACCGGCACGCCACAGCUCUGGUCAUCGCCGGGGUUUUAAGCGUCCUGGCCUCCGUGUAUCUGUCGGUGUCGAUCGGCUCGCCGCACUGGUACCGGUACACGAGCCCGCCGGUGCGCGCGGAGCCCAACGCCACGGAGCUGCGCGCGCUGCAGGACGAGUUUCUGGAAGGAGACUUUGACGAGAAAACCGUGAGCGACGCGCUGUUCCGCAUGAACGGGACGCUCGGACUGUGGUGGAGAUGCAUUCAGACGCCCACUGACGCGCACUGGUACAGAGAACCCGAUCCAAAGAUGAUGAUGGAGUGUGUGAGUUUUACUCUCUCGCAGCAGUUCACUCCAAAAUACAAAGAGCCUGGAAAUCACAACAGUGGAGAAGAUAUGAUACGAACCUAUCUGUGGCGGUGUCAGCUCCUGCUGCCGCUGGUCUCUCUGGGUCUGGUGGUUCUUGGUGGUUUGCUGGGGUUCUGUGCGUGUCUGUGUGGCAGUCUGAGCCCGGCGCUCUUCAUUGGCCUUCUUCAUCUGCUGGCAGGCCUGUGUUCUCUGGCGACCGUGUGCUGUUUUCUGGCCGGGAUGGAUCUGCUGCACCGUGUGUCUGUGUUGCCGGAUCACGUGGGCGGUGCGCUGGGCUGGUCGCUGUAUCUAGCGCUCAUCGCGUCUCCUCUGCACAUGAUGGCCGCUGCGCUGCUGGUGUGGGCGGCUCGCAGCCACAGUCAGAGCUACUACCGCAUGACUGUCUACAGAGUCGCUUAAAUCAGCGGAGCGACUGCCAUGGAUCAGAUCCAAUCAAACAGAAAAAAUCUAAAAUGAACAGUGACACUGAAUCUAUUGUACAUAAAUGUGGUCAGUGUGUUGAAGAGCGACACCUGCUAGUCUUGUUCUGAGAACGUCAGAUGCACUUUCAAGAGAUAAUGAGCCCUUAAUUCUGGAGAAAUCUCUACAAGUGUGUGUGUGUGUGUGUGUCAAUCCAGAUUCAUGAUGGGAGGGUCCAAAAUUCACACUUUGCAACACCUCCUGGGGGAUAAAAAGACAAAAACAAAAAUGUACCGACCAUAAACUGUAUUUUGCAUGUUUUUGGGUUGAUGUUUUGUCCCUGUGACAUUAGGAUAACCAUUUCUCUGAUGGCGAAUUGUCCACUGAGUAAGUCAUGACAGAUUCUCUAACGGAAGUUUAUUUAAUAAAUAGCUUUUGGAUAGAUUUUUAAACAUUUUUACUUUUACAUUUUUAGUAAAUGCAGUUCAUAAUAACAUUAUCUGCAAACCGGCAAGUAAUUGUUUUUACACGGGAUGGCCCGCGUUUGGCGAGUGCUUUGGACCCUGUUGCAGGUGUAGCGUGACUGUCGCUGAUGUUUUUAUGCAUAACUAGUUGUGUGUAACUGAUAAAUAAACAGCAACAGAAUCUAAUCUAAACUCCAGCAACAGCACUCAAAACCAAGAACUGAAGCGUAUGUGUUUUAUAGUUUAAGCACUGAUAAACUUUCACUCAGUGUUUGUGACGCAUGCAAUCUGUGAUUUCAGAUUUACACUAUUAGAAACGUCAAACAGCUCGACUUCUUGUGUUUUAGCUUUAGUGAAGCAGCACGAACAGCCAGUGAUCUUAGUGUGCUGCUUUUAAAUGUAUUAAUGUUAUUUAUUACUAUAAUUCAUAUUUAUAUAUGUAUUUCUGUACAGUACAUUUAUUUUUGGUAAUUGCUAACAAGCUACAUGUGUGAUGAUGUGUCAGUGCUUGUUGAUGUGGAUUCUGCUUCAUUUGUCACACUAGAAAUGAAAGGUCAUGUCAGGUGCAUUAUGGGAUACAGUGUCUCUCUGAUCUGUUGUGUAACUGCACAGACUGACCAGUGUAGUUGGUGAUCUGUGUGUCCAUGCUAAUAAAAACAUCAUCUGUGCACU